CCCUCUCUUUUGCUUAAUUAUCCUUUCCAAGGCAAAAUCCCAGUUUUCUUUACUUUGUUCUAUCAUUUUCUUUUCCUUGAUUUGUUUUUGGUUUUACAUUUUUGAUCCAAGACAGAUUUGUUAAUUUGGGUGUUGUUUUGUUUUUGAUUCGUUGCAGAGAUCAAAUGUUGCAAACUCUUUUUGCUUGCACUGUAUAAUGAAAGUAGCAAUGGGCAACGCAGCCACGGGACACCAAUUAAAAGCAUCUAUAGAAGAAUUGUACAGAAGGAGGUUUAAGAAAAAUAAAGUGAAAAGUAAUGAGAAGCCACCCCACAUACAAGAGAGGAGCUCAUGCUGCAAAUACUCUCUAUUGAAAGUUAUCCUGGUUCUCAUUGUUUCUGGCACAUUGGUAUUGCUUUUUCACUCUCCGGAUGCCUCUCCCAAUGACCGUGUAUUGAAUCCUGGCCCUCGGAGGAAUUUUAUGGAUAGAUGGAUAUGGGGAGGAUCAGAUCCGAGAUAUGUAUCGCCACUGGAAACUAACUGGGAUGAUGUAAUGAAAGUUACUGAGAAACUAAGUGAACAGAGUGACUACAGGGGAAUUGGCCUUCUGAACUUCAAUGCGGAUGAAGUCGAUCAAUGGAAGCAUCUUAUACCAGAUGCGACCCACAUUGUGCUGCCUCUAGAUUAUGCUGAGAAAAAUGUUACCUGGGAUUCCUUGUUUCCGGAAUGGAUCGAUGAGGAGCAAGAAUCUGAGGUUCCUGUCUGCCCUACUUUGCCUAAGAUUGAAAUUCCACGAAGACGACUUGAUCUGGUUGCUGUCAAGCUUCCCUGCAGGAAUGAAGGGAAUUGGUCAAGGGAUGUUGCCCGGUUGCAUUUGCAGCUAGCAGCAGCUGGGGUUGCAGCCACCGCCAAGGGGUCUUACCCAGUACACGUCCUGUUUGUCACUAAAUGCUUCCCAAUACCAAACCUAUUCACUUGCAAAGAACUCGUUUCGCGACAAGGUAAUGUCUGGUUAUAUAAACCCAACCUCAAUGUUCUCCGAGACAAGCUCCAGCUCCCUGUUGGAUCUUGUGAACUCGCCCUUCCUUUUGGCUUCAAAGAACCAAUUUCUUCAGGAAAUCCAGCAAGAGAAGCGUAUGCAACUAUUCUGCAUUCAGCUCAUGUGUAUGUCUGUGGAGCCAUAGCUGCUGCCCAAAGCAUUCGAAUGUCGGGUUCAACACGAGAUCUUGUGAUACUUGUAGACGCAACCAUCAGCGUUUACCACAGGAGCGGACUUGAGGCUGCUGGAUGGAAAGUCAGGACAAUCGAGAGGAUCAGGAAUCCGAAAGCCGAGAAAGAUGCUUAUAACGAAUGGAAUUACAGCAAAUUCCGACUUUGGCAGCUUACAGACUAUGACAAAAUCAUAUUCAUCGAUGCUGAUUUGCUUAUACUCCGGAACAUUGACUUCUUAUUCGGAAUGCCAGAAAUCUCAGCCACCGGAAACAAUGGCACUAUGUUUAACUCUGGCGUGAUGAUCAUUGAACCUUCGAAUUGCACAUUCCACCUUUUGAUGGACCACAUCAAUGAGUUUGAAUCCUACAAUGGUGGUGAUCAGGGGUACUUAAACGAGGUCUUCACAUGGUGGCAUCGGAUUCCGAAGCACAUGAAUUUCUUGAAGCAUUUCUGGGUCGGUGAUCCGGAGCAGGUUAAACAGAAAAAGACCCACCUCUUCGGUGCCGACCCACCUAUCCUCUACGUCCUUCACUACCUGGGGAUAAAGCCAUGGCUCUGCUUCCGCGACUACGACUGCAACUGGAACAACGAGAUCAUGCGGGAAUUCGCGAGCGAUGCUGCCCACGAGCGGUGGUGGAAUGUGCAUGACGAAAUGCCACAACCGCUGCACCAGUUUUGUCUGUUGAAAUCAAAGCAGAAGGCACAGCUGGAGUGGGACAGACGCCAGGCGGAGAGUUUGAAUUUCAGCGACGGUCAUUGGAGAAUCAAAGUUAAGGAUUGGCGGCAGAAGAAGUGUAUUGACAAGCUGUGUAAUUGGAAGAGUAUGUUGAAGCAUUGGGGCGAGACUAACUGGACAAAUGAUGAACCUUACAAUCCGUCGCCGCCAGCUCUUAACACUGCGUCUCUCGCCCGCUCGUGAAUUUUGCAGGAAUUUGGGAUUUUUCUUACCAUUGUUAAUGGCUUUUAUGUAAAUGAGGCAGAAAUGUGAAGGUGGAUAUAUAUAUAUUUUUUUAACUUGUAUUUUCUAUUCAUAAUGGUUAUUUUAGACCCACAUUAUGUGAUUUUUUUUUUCUUUUUUUUGGUAAAACAUUAUGUGAUCUUCUAUGAUAGUAGCAGACUCCCCACCUUUUACUCCGCUUGCUUUUUCUCCCAUU